UGUGAGCACUUCCGAGGGCAUUCGAGAACUGCCUCCAUUCGCUCCAUAUCCGCGGAGGAGAGGCGUGCUUGUGUGGGAGGCGUGUGCCGGCCCGUCGUAUGGUGGUUUGCAAACUGCUGGUAAUAGAGGAGAUGGACAGUCCGGUUCCAUCUGCAGGUUCGUUAGAGGAGUGGGAAGACAUGCUCUUCUUCUUGGUUUUCGCCAUAACCCAGUGGGUGCACAGGCGCAAUGCGGCGGCCAUGGUCGUCCUCGAAGCUGUCGCAUUCGCCCCAUUCCUGUUCGGGGACGCGGUGACGUCGUUGCCGCUCCUUACAAGCGGGGUGAUGCACGGAUUUGCUCUCACCAGUUUGGCGGCGGAGGAGUUGGGAAGACGUAUGGAGCGCCGACGGCGGAUAUGGGUCGUGGAACGAAGCGGGGGUGUGUGGAGGUAUUUGCAGCGAGUUGGGAGUGAACACGACAAGGUGUUUGUCCGAUUUUGCAGACUGCCUCGCCCGCUAUUCUUCGAAGUGCUGGGUAGAAUUGCACCCCAUAUCCAGCGAGCCCCCACGAACUUCCGGAAUCCUAUUCCUGUUGGUCAGAAGUUCGCUAUGGCUCUCAUUAGGUGGGCGACCGGCGGGUAUUACCGGCAGACCUCGCAUGGCAUGGGCAUGGGGCUUGCGAGUGCCUUGUGUUGCAAUGACGAGGUCGCAAAUGCUAUCAUCAGCGAGUAUGGCCAUCUCCUUCGGUGGCCGACUGACCCUCGAAUGCAGGAAGUGGAGAACGCUCUCGAGGCGGAAGGGUUCGCCGGUUGCAUCGGGGCAAUUGAUUGCACCCAUUUGUACAUCGACAAACCGAAGGGUAUGCGUGGGGAUUGCAACUACCAUCACAUAGGACAGUUCUCUGUCGUGGCGCAAGUAGUUUGUGACCACGAGUGCAGAAUCACUAGCGUUUACGUGGGGUGCGCAGGGUCUGUGCAUGACUCAAGAGUUUUGCGCAUUUUGGAACUGUUCCGUGAGGCCUCGCAAGGGGCAGGUGUCUUCAGCGAGGGAGGUGCUCACUUGCACGACGACAGACACGUGGGGCGGUAUGUGCUUGGUGAUCAAGGUUACCCUCUCCUGCCAUGGAUCAUGACACCUAUCGGGAGGACGACUACAACAACUCAAGAACGAACCUACGACAACUGUCACUCAGCGGUGCGAUCUUGCAUCGAGCACUGCUUCGGCCGACUAAAGGCCGUGUGGAGGAAUUUCAUCCGACCGCACAUCAGCAACAUGAAAACCAUUUGUAAGGAAGUGAUGGCAAUCUGCAUCCUCUACAACCUGAUGAUCGAGCACAGGGUGGAUUUUGACCCCGGUGUGCUCGAUAGUAGCAGCGACAGCAAUGGUGAUGGCGGUCAUCUCAGACACCGUCGGCGGCGGAGAGAUCGUCAUCGUUUCGUUCGUCACAUGCCCGACCUCAACGUCGAGCCCAUGGUGGACGAUGACCCUACAUACGGCUCCGCGCUAGGGGCGCUGGUUUGCAGGAGUCUGAUCCAGCAUGUGGACCACCACGUGGCGGUUCAUGGUGCGCCGCCGCCAUAUCCAUGGCGAUAGUUGACAACGUGGAUAACAUAGCGCGUUGGAUUUUGGGAUAGCGGCAGGGAGUGGCAGCAGCAGUGGGUCCGGGGUCGGGUCAGAUUGGUAGUUCAUAGGGUUCCGGGGUUGUGUGCGAGAUUGUCAUAAUUUCAGUGAUGGACAAAGACAUUUUCACGUGCAUUCUCUCUCUCUCUCUCAAUAUAAAUAUAUAUAAAUCUAUAUUUAAACAUAUAGACGUAUACAAGAAUGAAAACAUAUAAUAUGUGUUUGUGUGUACACCCAUGCACAAAACUGGCACAAGGAUCGCACAAAAAGAGAAAUUCAAUUCCACCUUCAAGACCCCCCUGUCAAAUGGUGUGACACAAGGAUCGCUCAAGAAGAGAAAAAGAAAUGAAAUGGACGACAUAUA